AUGUUGGACGCCUCCAACUUGGACUGCUGUGUAGACUACAUUACUGGUGAUGUCAUGUGCCAUACACGGACCAUGCAGGUCUCCAUCGAGAAAUCUUCAAUCACUGCCGGAAGAAACUUAUGUAUUUCAUCGAGUCCUAUCUUGAGGAGUGUUAGCGAUCCUAAAGAAUUAAAUGAUAAUGAUAAUAACAGUGCUAGCGAUCCUAGAGAAUUAUAUGAUAAUGAUAAUAACAGUGCUACCGAUCCUAGAGAAUUAUAUGAUAAUGAUAAUAACAGUGCUAGCGAUCCUAGAGAAUUAUAUGAUAAUGAUAAUAACAGUGCUAGCGAUCCUAGAGAAUUAAAUGAUAAUGAUAAUAACAGUGCUAGCGAUCCUAGAGAAUUAAAUGAUAAUGAUAAUAACAAAUUAUAUGAUAAUGAUAAUAACAGUGUUAGCGAUCCUAAAGAAUUAAAUGAUAAUGAUAAUAACAGUGCUAGCGAUCCUAGAGAAUUAUAUGAUAAUGAUAAUAACAGUGCUACCGAUCCUAGAGAAUUAUAUGAUAAUGAUAAUAACAGUGCUACCGAUCCUAGAGAAUUAAAUGAUAAUGAUAAUAACAAAUUAUAUGAUAAUGAUAAUAACAGUGUUAGCGAUCCUAGAGAAUUAUAUGAUAAUGAUAAUAACAGUGCUAGCGAUCCUAGAGAAUUAAAUGAUAAUGAUAAUAACAGUGCUACCGAUCCUAGAGAAUUAAAUGAUAAUGAUAAUAACAGUGCUAGCGAUCCUAGAUAA